AUGUCAAAGGGUUCCAGGGGAGACAAGCUACUAAGUGACCUAGGUUACAAGCUGGGCCAAACCCUAGGUGAAGGCAGUUAUUCCAAGGUCAGGGUAGCCACCUCUGCUAAGUACAAAGGCCCGCUAGCAAUAAAAAUGGUGGACCGACGUCGAGCACCUCGAGACUUUGUCGAGAAGUUUCUGCCACGAGAGCUCUCUAUCUUGCGAGGGAUUCGGCACCCGCACAUUAUAAAAGUCUACGAGUUCAUUGAGGUAUACAAUGGGACACUUUACAUUGUGAUGGAAGCAGCAUCAACAGACCUGUUGCAACUGAUACAGCAAUCUGGGAAACUGCCCUGCGCUCCGGAAGCACGGGACAUCUUUGCCCAGGUCGUGGGUGCCGUGCGCUACCUCCACGACAGGCACCUGGUGCACCGCGAUCUCAAAUGUGAAAAUGUGUUGCUCACUUCUGAUGGCCGUAGAGCAAAACUGACUGAUUUCGGCUUCGGCAAGGAGUCCCGUGGAUACCCAGAAUUGAGUACCACCUACUGUGGGUCCGCUGCCUAUGCCUCCCCUGAGGUGCUUAUGGGCAUCCCCUAUGAUCCCAAGAAAUAUGACGUGUGGAGCCUGGGCGUCAUGCUUUAUGUGAUGAUUACAGGAUGCAUGCCCUUCGAUGACACGAAUAUCCAUAAUAUGCCCUGCCGCCAGAAGAGAGGGCCCACGUUCCCUGAAGAUCUGCCCAAUUUACCAGAACCCUGCAAAACUCUUGUGAAUCAGCUGCUCCAAUUCAAUCCAGAAUCCCGACCCUGUGCGGGACUAGUAGCAAAGAACAGCUGGCUGAAGGGGGACACAUAA